GAUUGAUUUGGUUGCAAUGUCAUUUUAUGCUAAUAAUUCGAGGAAAAUAAAAUUAAGGCGGGACCUGUCUUAUGAUUUAGACAACUGAGAGCUGUUUUAAUUUGAUAUUUCUAUUAAUUUGACAGCCUACCAUUAAGUUAAAAUAUUAUGCUCAGGAAUGAUCUUUCAAAAGUUGAAUAUUGGAAUGAAUUUUAUCAAGAAGAAAUUCAAAAUUAUAAUGACCAUAAAGAUCAAGGAGAAAUUUGGUUUGGCAAAAUUAAUCUUAAAAAGAUCAUUGGAUGGAUCGAGAAAACAAAUAUGAUUAACUAUGAAAGCUUUAUAUUGGACAUAGGAACUGGCAAUGGUGUUUUGCUUAUUGAAUUGUUUAAAAAAGGCUUUAUCAAUUUAUAUGGUUUGGAUUACAGUGUGAAAUCUAUUAUCCUUGCUGAAUCCUUAGCUAAAGAUGAAGAUACAAAUAUAUCUUAUAAUCAUUGUGAUUUCUUAGAUUUUGACAAUUUGCAAAAUAAAUAUAAAAAUAUUUUAUUUGAUCUCUGUAUUGAUAAGGGUACUUUUGAUGCUAUAACUGUCAAUAAAUCUAAAGAAGAAGCAUGCAUUAUAUUUCAAGAUGACAAAAUAGACAGUUAUAUUUACUCAUUACAAAAUAUUCUUAAACAAGAAGGGUUAUUUUUUAUUAUAUCAUGUAAUUGGACAAGAAAAGAAUUACUUGCCAUUUUUGAUAAAACCUUCAGAAUGAUUGAAGAUAUUAGUGCCUCAUUGUUUAAAUUUGGAUCUCAACUUGGAAAUACAAUUACUAUUUUAAUAUUCAAAAAUGUAAAAGAAGGACUGCCUCUAGUUCUACUGAAACCUGAGAGCUUUAUCCCCUAUUACUCCACUUUUUUUAUUUAUAUUCAUAGAUUAAUAUAAUAAAUUGUAUUAAAUAUUAUUUAUUAUAUAUUUUAUAAAAAAAGAAUGGAUUCGAAUUAUAAAUAUGAUGUGAUAAUUUUGAAAUUAAAUAAACGAUAUAUAGCUAAUAAUUCAUAGUCGUUUUAUUAAAUGGCGACGAAUGGAGAAAAUAAUUCCUUAAAUGGAGAUUCAAAAAAUAUGGCGGAAAAACGAAAAUUGAUGGAUUUAUCUACAAUUAAACUUGAUAAAUUCGA